AUGCGGCUCGUCAGCGACGCGCCACACCCCACCGGCCUCGCCCUCCACACCGAGAUCGCCUCGAGAUCGAAGCCGCGUGCGCAGCCUCGGGAGCCGUGCUGCAGUCCCCAUCCAGCCUCCCUGUGGUCGCCCGCCAGCGUGUCGCAGCACUCGCGCACUUGCCCAGUGCUGUCGGAGCGUGGCGCCAACGCGCACGCGGAGACCCGCCGCGAAGGCAACACGUCCACGCACGCAUCGGCGAUGGCGGUUGGGCAGCCCGACUGGGUCUUCCGCCUCUUCACGCGCCCGCUGAAGAGGGACGUGUACGACGUCCCCCAGUACACGUCGGGCAAGAUCAAGGGCCGCGGGAUCGUCCUCUGA